AUGGAGGCAUUGCACCACUUCUCGGCUGUUACAGGUUUGAGUGCAAAUUCUGACAAAUCGAGCAUCUACAUGGCUGGUGUGGAUGAUGAGACAAAAACGAAGCUGUUGGAAAGCACUUGUUUCAGGGCAGGGUCCUUCCCCAUGAAGUAUCUGGGCCUACCUCUGUCGCCAAAAAAAUGGACCAAACUUGAUUGCCAUCAACUUAGUAUGAAAGUUACAGAGAAAAUCAGGUCUGUGGCAUCACGACAUCUUUCUUAUGCAGGUAAACUACAAGUUGUUAAUUCAAUUCUCUUCUCUCUUCACAACUUUUGGGGGGCAGUUUUCAUCCUGCCCCAAAUUGUGUUAAAGGAUGUCGACGAGAAGUGCCAAGAUUAUCUAUGGGGCAGCAGUGAAAAUGCUAAGAAAGUAUCCUUGGUAGCAUGGGAAAAGGUGUGUAAACCGAAGAAACAUGGUGGGUUAAAUAUUAGAAGUUGUAGGAAGUGGAACAUGGCAUCGGUGGGUAAAUUAGUCUGGCUACUUGUGACUGAUAACGAGGCACUGUGGGUUAAAUGGGUUCAUGGCAUUUAUAUGAAAUCUGAUGUGGAUUUUUGGAGUCAUACUCCACCUAGUGACUGUAGCUGGUAUUGGAAGAACCUAAAUAAAAUUAAACUAGGGAUGCAACAAUGGUUUAGUCAGAGAAGGUACAUGCUCACUAAGGAUGGCAACUACUCUGUCACGAUGAGCUACCUCACACUGCUGGCCAAUACAGACGAAAUGGAGGACCACACACAUCUAUUCGUUGAUUGCGCAUGGUCUAAGGCAGUAUGGCGAGACAUUGAACAGUGGCUGGGGGUGCAGGUUCCUCAAGUCGAGGCCAAUAUGAUGCUGCAAUUUAUCCACAAAAAACGUUGGUGCAGAAUGAAGAAGGAAAUUAUAGCUGCUGCCCAUGGUGCAAGAAUAUACUUCAUUUAG